AUUUCUUCCUCUCAAGACUUAGAUAAUAAUGUAAUGUAUUAUAUUUGUCUUCAUCUACGUAAUGCUUGUUCUUUUCCGUCUGGAAGAUUCUCAAAUAUUCUCAAAUUUGCACAGUAUCUCUAAGCGCUGCUUAAUAUCAACUUCCGCUGAUAAUCAGAUCUGCUUGUCUGUUGUCGAUAAGAUAUACACAUUUAAAUAUGAUUAUAAUAAUUUUAAAUUGACUUCUAAAGCAACUUCCUCCUCCAUUCCGAGGGAUUCCAACAUUGCUCAGAAUCAAGCUCUUAAUAAUGAGAAUAGCUCCACCUACUAUUGUGAUUUACAGAGGGUGAUGUGUACCUACUCUGUGUCAGACAGUCCAAAAUUUGUUUGGGCCUGUUGGACUCCAAAAUUCAAAAUUAAUGAUACAACUGAAGUUUGUAUACUCUUUACCAUAACAAUAAAUAACUCAAUUAACCUUUGGCUGCCAUCAGAAAUGGAUUCUGGUAGUGAAAUGUAUAACCUUGAGAACCUGUUAGACGUCUCGAGCGCUAUAAAAACCUUUCUUUCAAAAUCAGAUUUUUGUGUUUUUAACUGUGAAUCUGAUAAGGAGUAUUCAAAGUCAAGGGUUUUGUUUAACUUAUCCACUUUUGGAUUCUCUUCAUGCCAGUUCUUAACUGCAUCUUCUUUUAAAAAUGAUGGAUUUCUGUGCAUAUUGAACCUUUCCGAGUACUUGUUGAUUAUUUGGAUCUCUAAAACUCCUCCUUUUGAGGAGAAACCCCCUUUAAAAGAGGAAACGAGGGGAAGAAGAAGUGCUAGGGAAGGCAGAAGAAUCAACUUCCAAGAUUUCGAGGACAUUUACGAGGAUGAAGAACCUGUAAAGAAGAAGCCAAAGAAGGGUCAAAAUGUACUUGGACUUUCAGGAGUUAACCCACUCAACAAGGACUAUUACGACCUGAAUGAUUUUGACCUCACUAAAUGUAAGGACCUCCUCCCGUUUUUUUCCAAGAUAACUCAGUCUUCAAAUCCUCUGUUCUGCAGUGUAAUUUGUGCUAUUAAGGUAAUCUCGUGUGCUUCAUUUGUCGCCCUACCUGUAAAUGACUUUAAAAUUGAUGUGUAUUAUUCAGAGCCCCAAAGUCUGAAAAAAGUUAACCUUAAAUUCUCCCGUGAUUUACUUGACAAUCGUUCAACUCCUAAGUUUGAGGGUAUUGAGAAACCUCUUGAUAUUUUUAGUUCAAACCUUCCUGUUGAAUGUCUGAAGUUCUUCUGUCUGUUUGGAAGUGAUGAGCACCGUGUUAUCACAGGGUUUUGGCAGGCUCACUUUUUGGUUCACUUCAUCUCAGAAAACAUUACCAGGGAUGUAAUUUGCGGCAACUUGCCAAUUUUUUCAUAUUCUUUGGAACCCACAUUUAUGGCCCACGAUAAUCUGGCUCGAAUAAACGUGGUUAACUGCGAAGGACACAUAUUCAGGUUGUUGAUAGAUAAAAACUUGAAUGUUGGCACUGAGGAGGUUGUUGAGAAGGACGAAGAGUAUGUUCCCUUUUUUACAACUUCUGAUGAUCAGGAUAUCAUGGUCUACGACUGCCUGAUAAACGGGAAAAUCACGGAAGUCAAAUCUAACCUUAGGAACAAGAGCAUUCUCAUAAAUUUAGUUCAUUUGUUGUAUAAUAACUCAGAUUUAACCUUGUUUUUGGACUACAUGGUGCUCAAUAAAUCCAACCUUAUCCCAAAUAACACCUAUUUCACUCUUGUUGAAGGAAGUAAUCCCUUUUACGGUCUUGAAAAUUCUGGUAAGUUCUUGGACACCGCCAACUCUGAUGACCAAUUCUUCAAAACUAUAUCGUCAUUUGUAACUGCAGAUAAUUCUUUUUUGAAGAACUGUUUGUGUUUCGUACUUUACUUGUUUGCCUUUGCGGAAGCCUCAGACUCCCUUCCUUUCGGUCAGAAUAAAACAGUCAUUUGUAACUUAAACCUUGAGCCUUUUCUUUCAAAAUCAUUAAAGAGUGUUUCGGUAACUUCUGAAAGGCUAGUUAAAAUAAUUAAAGGAUUUAAUGGUUUGUAUAAGAGUGAACUCCUAGAUAUGCUUGUUGUUCACUUAACUAACUCUAGUUUUUAAUUUACGACUAACUCGUUUCUAAUUUAUUCUUUACCUAUC